UGAUUUUCACUACCUACUUCAAUCAUAAUAUACCUAAAAAUCGAUAUUUAUUGGCCCAGUGACGAUGGAUUAUUUUUUUUUUAGUGUAAAUGGAAAGUGAAACAAUUGAGAUGGUCGUAGAACAUCCAUAUCCAGUUCUGUACGUUCCAAAAUGGUGUGUGACAUUCGAACACGACUUUGGGCCGAAUAAAAAUUUAUUUCUUGAUGUCGACAUUCUUUCCAACAACACAGAUCAGCAACGGACAACUGUGUAUAAGGGCUACAUCGCCCUUAAAGUCAUUGAUACUAAAGCUCCCGCUUCUUCCAAUCCAAUUAUUUUGCAAAAUGACGCAUUUUUAGAAGCUGAUCUAUCAUUUAAUAUUAAUAAUGAUAGAACAUGGUUGAACCUUAGCCCAUGUGAAUACCAGUCUGAAGGUGUGGAAUGUGGGCCAGGUCGUUCACUGUACCAAGAACCACAGUUUUCUUAUAUUACUGCUGAGCAUCUACAAAUUCCACCCACAACCUGCCAAGAAGGAGAUAUCCAAAUCGCUGAGGUUGCUGAGCCUGUAUUUCUGCACAAGAAAUUUAGGAAAUCCACAAGUCGUGAGCGAGAAGACAGCCAACAAAAUGAUAAUUUUAACAGUCAAAGCUCAAAAAAUUUUUUUAAUGAAAAUUCUGGUGAAAACCAAAUCACAAACUAUACUUCAGGGGAAAUAAAUUAUGGAAAUGAAAUUCAUGAAAAUCCCAGUGUUAUAGAUGAAUGCAGAGACUCGGACAAUGCUUGUUCUCUAAAAGAAAGUAUUGCUAUUGUGGAAAAUUGUGCAUUAAAGCAAUUAAUGACCGACUUUGCAUCGCCAAAACAAAAUAAAGUUAUUGUGUUUGCUGGAGACAAUUCUCAGAAUGGCCAGACUAUUUACCAAAUUAAGGAUUCUUCUCUGCAAUGUGGUGGGAAAAAAAUAAUGGAAGAUUCUCUUAAAUUUACUAAUGUUGGUAAAAAGAAGAUAUAUCAAUGCCAAAAUUGCAAGCAGACCUUUGAUAAGUUAAAAGCAUUUCGACAACAUGCCAGUGUCCACAAGAAAAGAUCCCACGUUCAAUUGAAACACUGCCUAACUUGCAAGAGAACUUUCAAGUCGUUGGAGAAAUUUACAGAACAUGCUUUAGGGCACAAUGACCCCGAUUUGGAAUGUCCAAAAUGCUAUAAAGUGCUUCGAACUAAAUAUACUCUCCGCGUGCAUAUGUCGAUACACAAUAGGCUACUGCCCUGCCCAAAGUGUACACUAACAUAUAACGACCAACCGUCGCUGGAUCGACACAUUUCACGAAUGCACAGUCCAAAAUUCUCUUGUUCUCACUGCGGGCAAGGUUUUAAAAGCUUGGACGCACUAGAAAAGCAUAAAGUAAAGACUCACAGCGUAGUCUUCUGCAACAUCUGCAAAGCGGAAUUUAACACAGAGAAAGAAUAUUUGAAACAUCUAGAGGAGCACAUAGUAGACAAUUUAAAUUCGGACGACAACCUUUCUAUAAAGAGUGUGGAUAACAUCCUGAAAGAUGUCAAUUUGGACAUGUUCGAAGAUAGCACUAUUCGUGGAUGUGAUCCCGUCAUACAGAAAAUUGCUGAUGAUCGGUUAUUUUCUAUGAAUCCACAACAGUCUCCUAAGAAGCGAAUGUCCCGGGUUUGCAUUGUGUGCAAGAAGAAGUUCGACAGGAUAAGUGACAUGAAGCGCCAUCUCAUAGAACACGUCAUCAAGAGGAGCCUCGCGAAGAACCCGAUUAACGAAGACGGGACCCUCAGCAUAGUGUGUGACAUAUGCCGCGUCGCCACUUUCUCCAGAGUCGACACCUACAAGGCCCAUCUGCGCGAGCACGCCAAACUGACCAUCUACAAGUGCCUCUUGUGCGACAAGUCCUUCAGCGACUCGAGCAACUUCUCGAAACACAAGAAGCUCCACGGCCAAUCUCACUACGAGUGCGAUCUGUGUAAGAGGAAAUUCAAUUCCAAAAAAACCAUCUCCAUACAUAUGGAAUUGCAUUUCAAAACGCCUCCUUUGUCUUGCUCGCGCUGCAACAAAAAGUUCCACUUCCCCUCGACGCUCAAUAAGCACCUUAAGAACCAGCACAAGCGAAAUUAUCGCGUGAACUGCAGGUUCUGUGCGACAACAUUCAAGUCCUGGAAGGAAAAGUGGGAUCACGAAUGGCACGCCCACAACGCCAGGAACACUAUCUUGGACUGUUUGGUCUGCGAUAUGAAGUUCAGGAAGUACGUUGAGUUGAAGCGGCACUGCAUUGAAACGCAUCGCAUGAUGAUUCCCUUGGCGAAGAAUUUGUAAACUUUUUUAGAGUUUAGAGAUCACCAAAUAGUAGUUAGUUCAUGUUAAAUUAGUACUCAUUUUUUUUUAUAUUUAGAUAGUUGGUUCUACUUUUUGCUUUCUGAUAGAAGCCAGUGUUUAAUUGUUAUAAGUUAUUAAAUAAGAUUACUCGGCGUUAACGUCGUGUUGUCUUAUUCGACUCGCUGCUUAAAAUCAUCGAAAUCGGUAUAGCAAUGAGCAGUUAAAUCACAUAUUAACUUUUAAUGAAAUUAUUGUUAAGUUUUUUUUAGAGUUUAUUGUGUUGUUCAAUUAGGAUUUAAGGUUUUUUUUGUUUUCAUAAGUAUAAAUAAUAUAUAUCGGUUUCCUAUUUAUAGCUUUUAAAUAAUAAUAGGUAUAUAUUUAUAUGUUACAUAUUUUUCAGAGUAUAUCGAAUGUUUUUUAACUAAAUGUAGUUACAGAUUUUAAAAUAACUAAGGGAUAAGUGAAGCUAUACUGGUAUCAUUAUAUAAUUAUAUUUUGAUACUAUUGACGAUUUACGUUGAUAAGUAAAUCAUAAACAUGUAAUUCGCCUCAAAUACCAUUUUAAUGAUUGCUAUUAUCGAAAUCUUCUGAUUUCUGAUCUGGAAAUUAAUCUAUAUUAUUGUGUGUUAAUAUAAAAUAUAAUAUUAACACACAAUAUGAAAAAAUACAUUAGUAAUUUUACAUUAUAUAUGUAGUUAUAAAAAGUACUGAUUUUUUACAUAGUAUUUGUAGUUAUCGCUAGUGGUGUGUAGAUGGCGAACGGAAAACAAGACUUAUUUUUUAAAUAGAGAUCACUUUUGAUAAUAGCCUAAGAAGGACUUAUAUACAAUCUACAUAAUGUUUUUAUAUGACUGUUCAAGUUAUUUGGUCUCAUAAUAUCGAUCUCGAUUUAAAGAAUUGAUACUUAAUCCAUAUUGUUGUUAAGUAAGGUACCUUUUUUAAAUCGUUUUUAAAAUUCGUAAACGGGUUUUUCGUGUGUGCUCUUCGACAUUCAACAUUAACUUGCACAAAUUUUUUUACGAAUGUAUGGUGAUUGGAUUUAUGUGAUUUUUUAAAGAAAGGUAUCUUGUAUCUAAAGAAAACUUCGUUUUCCUUACUGGUAAUGCAAUUUAGUUCAUGAAGAUAACUAAAAUAUUUUUUACUAUCCUAGUGGUUUUUACAUGAUACUCAAAGUGCCACCGACUCAUGACAUUUUUGUAAAAAAGUAAGCUUACUUUUUUAGUUACAUUCCAUACGAUUGUAGCUUUUAAUCUUCUACUGUAUAUCUUUUAAGAUGAAAAUCAAUUAGUAAGUGAGUUUGUGGCAUUUAAGAAGUGUGCUUUGAUCAUUAAUAUACAUUGUUUUCUUAUGC